AUGUUACUGAGAUAUUCGUUUUUCUUCGUCACCUAUCUGUCUCUGGUAAAAGGAGAUCUCUUCAGCAAGGCAACCAGGACACGAGCUGAUGAGAAAGAUGUAAAGAACAGUGUGUAUGACUUCAUUAUUGUUGGAGGAGGCACUGCUGGCUGUGUCCUCGCCAAUAGACUCUCUGCGAUACCGGAAUGGAAGAUAUUAGUUUUGGAAGCUGGCGAGGAAGAAAAUAUAGACUAUGAUAUACCAGGUGUACCAACCAAAGACUUCAGGCCAAUAUUAUGGAACUACAGAACUGAACGAAACGCCUAUUCGUGCUUAUCCCGUCCAGGUGGGAGCUGUGAAGUAAAAACUGGAAAAGUGUUGGGAGGGUCCAGUGUGACAAAUGAUAUGAAGUAUACAAGAGGUUGUAAGAAAGAUUACGACUCGUGGCAUACGAAUGGAGAAAUCGGAUCGUUGGAGUGGAAAUUUGAAAACUUAUUGGAACAUUUCAAAACUUCCGAGGAUAAUGGUGACUAUGACGUUUUAAUGAACUCUCACUAUCAUGCACGUGGGGGUGAAAUGCACGUCCAAAAGUUCAAACACACCGACCGAUAUAUGGAAGUAUUUAUGGGCGCUUUUGGUGAAAUUGGCCUAAGAGCAAUGGAUAUAAACACCAAUAUUGCAGAAGCUGUUGUUAAUAAUCAGUUCACCAUUUCCAAUAAUACUAGGCUUAGUACAAAUAGCGCCUUCUUGAAACCUGUACGGCAUAGAAAAAAUCUCACUGUCAAAACUGGUGUAACAGUCACCAAGAUUAUGAUCGACCCACAGGAAAAAAUAGUAGAAGGUGUUUGGUAUGAAGUGGAGAAGGGAAAGGAACAGCCAGCUUAUGCUAAAAGAGAGGUAAUAUUGACUGCUGGAGCUGUAAACAAUGUCAGGAUUUUACAUUUAUCUGGCAUUGGACCGAAAGAUGAAUUGGCUAAACAUAAUAUUACAACAUUAAUUAACCUACCUGUGGGUCUUAAUUACCAAGAUCAGGUAUCUACGGGUGGAUUAGCGUUUACAAUGGGAGAAGUCGCAACCGUUGGUCAGCCAGAAAUUGUUGAAGAUUUUAAAACUUGGUUUCAAAACCGAAACGGACCGUUAGCUUCACGUGGAAUAAACCAAAUAUCGGCUUUCAUUCAAUUAUUUGAAAAUAAAGUUGCACCAGAUGUAGAGCUGUCUUUGGAAGGCAACUAUGUUAGAAGCGACAAAUUUAUGUUGACUAAUAUAAGUAUACACACUGCAGAAGAAACAAAUAUGCCAUUGGCUUACUAUAAUUUAGUUCUAGUAAAUCCAGUACUUUUAAAACCUAAAAGUGUGGGGAAAAUUACUUUAAAUAAAAGGAAUCCUAAGUAUGGCCGGCCUGUUAUACAAGCUAAUUUACUUAAAGAUUCACAUGAUCUAGAUGCCAUAGUAGAUAGUAUUGAUGUCGCGCUUCAGCUAUUAAAUACCAACGAAAUGAAGAGGGCAGAGAUAAAACUAGCACCUAUAGAUUUAUUUCCAUGCGAUAGAUUACACAAUCGAGACCAGUGGAAUUGCAUUGCACGACAUUAUACUAAAGCUAUGAGCAAUCCAAUCGGUACUUGUCGAAUGGGUUAUAAUAGUACAAAUGCUGUAGUUACAUUUAAUCUAAGAGUACAUGGAUUGGAAAGACUGAGAAUAAUGGAUGCUUCAGUUAUGCCAACUCAUGUAAGAGGCGGAAUUUAUGCACCGACUGUUAUGAUUGCUGAGAAAGGAGCAAAAUUAAUAUUAAAAGACUGGAAAGAAAAUAAUGGUAAUUCAAACUACUAUAGUAGACGGUGA